AUGACCGACGCCCAGGACAUCUCGGCGCUACCUGCCCCGGGCCAAGCCAUCGUUCACGAUGGGAAGCGUUACACCACCAUCAAGGAGGGGCUUGCUCACAUCUUGGUGCCCGAAGGUCCCAAGGCCAAAGACGAUACUCAAAAGAAGGCGAAAAGCGAGGAUGAUGCUGGCCAGCAGGUCUUCUACAAUCCGAUCCAACAGUUCAACCGCGACCUGAGCGUCCUCGCCAUCAGGGCGCAUGCGGCCGAGGCGUUGGCCAGGCGAGGCAAGAAGCUCCCUCGGCACAGUGGGAAGAAGAGGAAGCGCCAGGAUAUCAAAGAAGAAGCGGAGGAAGAGAGUGUCAGGAAGUUGGAGAAGCUAUCCGUGCCCGAGGCUAGCCAGGAUGCUCCGGCGCAAGCCGCUCGAGGCGCAACAGUGGAGUUGAAGCAAGGAGAUGAGGCUAUCACAGUCGGUCAAGCAGCCGCCGAGGCUGAUGCCGGUGCAGAAGCAGCCCCUUCAGAAGGAAACACCGGUAUCACUGCACCAAGAGGGCCGAAACUGAGAAUACUGGACGCCUUGUCUGCGACAGGACUGAGAGCGUUGCGCUACGCACACGAACUUCCUUUCAACACUUUGGUCACAGCAAACGAUCUGCUGACGGUGGCUACCGAAUCUAUCAAGCUCAACGUCAAGCACAAUCGACUCGAGGACAAGAUCACGGUGUCCAAGGGUGAUGCUCUUGCGCACAUGUACACCCUCAUAGCCAAAGAGCUCAACAGAAAUCACGAGGGAUCCGGGAAGAGCGAAAAAUACGACGUCAUUGACCUCGAUCCCUACGGUUCCGCCGCUGCAUUCUUUGACGCCGCCCUUCAGUCAGUGAGGGAUGAUGGCGGCCUCCUUUGCGUUACUUGCACCGACGCUGGCGUGUGGGCGUCUCAAGGGUAUCCAGAAAAGACCUUUGCCCUGUAUGGAGGCAUACCUAUGAAAGGCAGUCAUUCUCACGAGGCUGGUCUCCGGAUCAUCCUUCAGGGCAUCAUGUCCUCAGCUGCUCGCUACGGUCUCGUCAUCGAGCCACUCUUGUCGCUGUCUAUCGACUUCUACUGCCGCGUCUUCGUUCGUGUCAGGAGGUCCCCAGCCGGUGUCAAGUUCCAGGCAGGCAAGACAAUGUUUGUCUACAACUGUGACUCGGGUUGCGGCGCUUGGUCAACACAGAUGCUCCUGAGGAACAGAACGCAGCAGAACAAGAGUGGCAAUGGCGUGUUCUACAAGCACAGCUUCGCCAUGGCUCCCACAGCAGAGCCCAAAUGCGAGCACUGUGGCAUGAAGACGCAUCUCUCCGGGCCAAUGUACGCGGGACCCAUUCACUCCCCCGAGUUCAUUCGGAGCGUCCUGGAUCUGCUACCCGAAGUGUCUAAAGAUACCUACCGUACUACGGAGCGUAUUCGGGGCAUGUUGCAGACAGCUCUAGAAGAGAUUAUGGAACUGCCAAGUGCUCUUGAAGAGUCAAAGGAUGAGACGGAGGUGGGUACGGACAAGGUGAAGGCAGAAGUCAAGGUCGAGAAAUCCAAGGAAGAUGAGCUCGCGGCAUUGGACCCAUGCCCGCUGUUUUUCCUGCCCACGCAGCUCGCAAGAGUGAUGCAUUGCCAAACGCCAGGCGAUGACAUGAUGCGGGGUGCUCUGCGCCGUCUGGGCUAUGAAGCAAGGAGGAGUCACUGCAAGGGCGGCAGCAUCAAGACAAACGCACCAUGGUCUGUAAUCUGGGAAAUCAUGAGGGAGUGGGUUCGACAGAAGGCGCCAGUCAAGGAGGAGAACAUCAAACCAGGCACCGCGGCCUAUACCCUCCUUGGUCUGGGCAAGUCAUCACAGAACCAGGCAGAGGAGAAGAAUGGUGUGGCGGAGGACAAGCCAAAGCUGGAAGUCGUCUUUGAUGAGAAGCUCGGGCGCGAGCCGAACAAGGAGAAAUUGGUCCGAUACCAAGCCAACCCUCGCGAGAACUGGGGUCCGAUGGCCAGGGCCAGGGGCAAGUGA